AUGUCGCAAUCACAAAGGAACGGGCCGGAAACUGAUACAAUCGACCUCACGCUCUCCUCCCCAGAGCCAGAGUUUUGGUCUCCAUCACCCACGAGAGAACAAAUACGCGCGCCUCCGCAGCAAUCUCAUCUAUCUUUUGGACCGACUUACAAUACGUCACGCGUCAAGCAGGAGUCUGGUCAUGUUCCACGAAUUAAAUCAGACCCAGGUCAGCCAUCACACAUCCAGACCACAUCUGCCCAACCAUCACGUGGCAUGAUGAGUUUUGGCCAAUCAGCCACUUCUAGCCGGAAUCUUGUAGCUCCACAGCAAGCCCGGCCGAUCAAUCCCAGUCACAUCCAGUCGAUAAUUUCAACAGUCAGCCCAUAUGUAUUGCAAACAGUAUUGGUAGAGCUCUGUCAAAUCUCGCCUGCGUUCUCUGGCGCGCUUGUACGAGGUCUAGCACCGCACUCGACUUCCGCACGGAACAUGAUUAACCAACACCGAAUGGAAAUCGAUAGAAAUUUUGCUUAUGAAGCUAUGAAUACCACAUCAAGUUCUGGCCGUUACACCUCUCAAGGGAACCAAAGAAGUUAUAUCAGACAACAUCCCUACGGCUCCCAUACGAUACCGCGAAUAAAACGCGAGCCACACAGACCUACAACCCCUAGCUCUGAUAGCGAGUUACGUCGUCCUGGUCCUUCUUCGCAGAAAGUAGCGCUUCCAGCUGCAACACGGCUACCGUUACAUCAUUUGACUGGAGGCUCACCCUCUUCCAAUAUCACCUCAAAUGCAGCUACCGUAACUCAGCGAACAGAUGAAGUCCAGAAGACGACUCCAAAUGUAACCAAAACUUGCACCAAGUGCCAUGAGUCGUUCUCAGGUGAUGAAGAGCCCUGUAUAUACCAUCCAGGGAGGAAAAUCAAGCAAGAAGACGGAACAAUAAUUUGGAGCUGUUGUCAGGAGGACAUGCUAUCUGUCGGUUGUGACUUUGGAGGAACUCAUAUCACCCAGUAUCACGAGCCUAAAGACAUGCCCACUGAGCAGGAAAGCUUGAGCGGGUCUUCAGCCUCCCAUAAUAAUUACGAGAAGCCAUUUAAGAUACUGGGUAGGCCCUCUACCGGAAGCAGGGGCGGUUUUGGUUAA